AUGCCGCGCAGCCUGUCAACCGACUACCAAGACAGCUCUUCCUCCUCGCUUGUCGGCCGUUUGGUCCGCUAUCGCAGGCCAAGCAACGCUUCUCAACAGACCUCCUCGCUUUCUUCCACGUCUCCCUACCAGCACAAUUCCUUCUCGCCCCAGCUCUCCAAGCAUGCCCACCUUUCUCCCCAAGAGACGCGCUACAUCUUCGAAUCUGCCUCGUCCGAAGCCUCUGCCUCUCCUCGCUCAAGCAAUGCCGUGUCACCUUACAUCAACUACGAUCGUGAGCUUCCCCAACUACCACCAGACGCGUUUGUCCAUCUCGACACAAAUCAGCUUGCAUCUCAACACUUGGCACGCACCGACGAUGAGGUGCGCUCCCGACAUCUUUCCCAGUACGAAUCUCUCCAUGUCCUCUCGAGCCCCACCCUAGUCAAACCCGAAUCCACCAGCAAGCCAUCCGCCGCCUUUCGCUUCGCCACUGCCUCCACCUCGGCCGCCGUUUCAGCCGCCGGCUCCGGUCUACGCAAACUCGGCAAGAAGGCGUCAGCAGCUCGUCUACGUCGUCCCAACACCACUGCGCAACAGACAGCCGAGCUCGAUACCAGCUAUGCAGCUAUCCGCAGCUCUUGUUCGCCUCAAAGCUUUGCAAGCGACGCCGUCUCGGUCGAUCACAUCGGCUCCAUCCCCUCGUCCAGCACCACCUACGACUCGACCCAUGCUCGCCAGCCCCGCCAGCCCCGCCUGCCGCAAUCCGCCAGUAGCAUAAACGGUCCUUUUGUAGAUGCAGCAGAUCCACAAAUUGGUCUACCCUACCAUGUCUCGCACAACGUCCACGUCGACAUCGGUCCGCACGGCUACACCGGCUUGCCUUCCUCUUGGGCACACGUACUGCUCUCCGAGGGCAUGGAUAGUCAAGACAUCUACGACCAUCCUCACGCCGCUGCCAGAUUGGUCCAAGAUAAGACCGAGUACUAUGUUCAGCGCGCCGUCGACAAUGGCGUCGAUGCCGGCGACGCACGUCGCAUCUUGUCCCAAACGCUCGCCCAAGACCAGAGCCUCAGCGCCAUACUCGCCUCGGCAGCUCCCUCUCGAUCCACUCGACCGAACCGCGAUAGCGUCCAGUCUAGCGCCAGCAGCUCGUACAGCAGCGUCCUCGAAAAGGGUUGGGACCUUGGCUCGCCGCCCAAAACCGACCAUCCGGCCAAGUUCUCGCUGCUGCCCACCAAAAGUCCGCUUCUCCCCGAUUUUGCUGCCCAAGACUUUGAUGAGUGGUCCACCGAACUGCUCAGCUCCAUCCCCUCUACCGCCAAUGACAACAAAAUUAACUCGUCUCAACUCUCAAAACAAAAUACCCACAAAGCUGCUCGACGUCGCUCCAAGUCGCUCAGCCAGAUCCCUGCUCACAACCCCCUCAGUGGCCUCGGUCUCGGCAUCGGCAUUGAGAAUUGUGCUCAUGCAACACCCAAGCACAACGUACAACGCACCAGAGACCUUCUCAGCGCUGCAGACGCCACUCCAAAAGCUUCGUCGCAGCGCAUGAAUGCCUCGCUUGGUCUAAGCGCACCUGCCGCUGCCGCUGCCGCUGCCGCUCGUUCGGACGCCUACGAAAAACACCAGCAAAGCAUCAGCGUCGAGGACGAAUUGCAAGAGAGACUACGUGAAAGUCUCGAUUGGCCCGAACAAGCAAGCACACAUCUCCAAGACGAAGAAGCAGCAGAAGUCGAACACGUCCAGAUUGCACAAGCUGCCAUUGUCACCAAAGGCGUCCUGCGACCCUUUCGCACCAGCCAGCUGAGCGCACGCAAGGUGUCGCCUUCAUCGACCGGCUUCGACCACAGCCAUGCACAAAUCAGUCCGAGCUCGAGUGCUUCCGACGUGCAAGUGCUUCUGUCCGCUUCGCCACGUCAUCGCGAUGGCUUUCGCUCGCCUUCGUCGCUCUCGGACAGGUCCAUGUCUCGUGCCGGCUCGGCCGACUCUUAUGCCACCGCUGGCUCGCGCCCGGCCCUUGCGACACGCACAAGCUUUUUCAACGUACCACCAAGGAUCUUGACCAAGGAUACAUCUACCUAUGCCGAAAGUGUCAUGACCGACUCGCCCGUCGAGACCAGCUCAUCGGGCCAUUCGUCGAUGCGCUUACGAAGUCCAUCUCUCACCGUAGCCACCUCCUCCAUGGGGCACGGCAACGGCGCUGCCAUUUUACAGCGCGCAUCACCAUCCCCAAGUCGAUCCGUCAGAGACACGGCAUCGCCCGAGAUGCCGUCCAAGAACGGCGAUUGGCGCUCGCGCUCCCCGGCUCUUUCUAUCUCUGCUUACGACGCGCCAGAAGGCGCAUCCUCGCCGUCAGGCGCACAGCACGCAAUGCGCCAUGCCAACCAAGGACCUGCAUCCCUCGACGGUGGCUACACUGUUGGACAAAAGACGCGUGACAGCUGGGCGAGCACCACGCCUUCCAUCACCUCGUCCGACGGCACUCAUAGCGUCGUCAGAGGUCUGGCACUCAGAGAACGCCGCCAGGCUCCACCGCGCAUCUACCCACCUUCCACCUCGACACGAUGGGCACACAUCUCGCAUCAGGACGACAUCAGCAGUCCCAUGGGCUUAGGCUCAGCCGGCUCAAACAGGCGCAUGCAGCUGUCGCCAUCGCCGACGACGAUCCAAGCACCCAUGCAAAGAAAGACAUCGGCUGACAGCUUAGCAUCUCGACCGGACCGCAGUCCGAUGAGUGACCACUCGCAUCGAUCCAAAUCGAGUGUCCAGUCUGGCUUCCGUCGGCGCGAAUCCGAGCUUGUCUCGCAAUCAAGCCACGAGCGUUGCUCUGUGCGCAACUCGACGCGCGACUCGAUGGUGCCGCCACCUCUGCCUCCCAAGCCGACACGCGGUGUGCUACGAAAACAAACCGAGUACAUCAUGCCCGGCGUCGAUGGCUUUUACACUAUGCCCUUGAACAACGCAGCUCCAGGGCGCAGCGAUGCGGGCAGCAUUGGCCACGCAUCUGGCCCAGAGCGUCUUCGACCGCCACCUCGAUCCCCCGCCCUGUCGCCCGCGUCAUCUACGGACGCGUCCGACUACCAUGCUGCCAUCGACGAGUGGAUGCGUGAUGACCAGUUUGACCGCUCGCCCGCUACCACGACCUUUUGCGAGCCUUUCCUGAGCCCCAGCUUUAGCAGUCGCGACUCGCCGCUGCCACCAUUGAUGAAAGAGGAGAUCGAGAGGCACGAGGAGGCGAUUGAGCCGCAACUCAGCUCCCCGUACUUGCAACGUCGUGCGCAAAUGGCUUCUGCCAGUUCGUCCAAAAAGCAUCUCGCAUCGCCACCAACAUCAGAGUCGUCAUGUCAGCGCACAGCAGACACGAUUGCAAGAAAGCCAGGAUCGGACAACGGUUGGCCUGUGCCAGAGCGAUCACCUCGUCUUGCUUCCUUGUACGCUCCUUCGCUGGAGUUGAGCGCCGCGCUGGCGAACAUUUCCAGCUUGACGGUAGCAAUGCCAUCGUCUCCGGCUGGUACGGUCGAAGUGAUCGACGAUCCGCCAUCAGAAGUUUCUGACGAGAACGAUGCAGAGGCGAGACUGGCUCGUCGCACCGGUGAAGAAUUGGCCGAGAGCACCGGCAGAGCCGAGCUGGCGCGCCAUGGUGGGCGUGAUCGCGAUGUUACGCAGUCAAUCAUUUCCAUUGGGCCACGCGCGCAAGAGGAUGCUCGACGCUUUCCGGUUUCGAUGCACUAUGCUAGUGGCUUUGAAUCUGCCUCGAUGCUGGGCGACGACUUGGAAGCGAUGCGAUCGUUCCGCGAGUUGAUGCUUGCUCGCCAAUCGAUGGAUCUGGAGGAGAUGCUUACCAUGCCGAUGGGAGUCGCUUCGGCGCCACCGGUGCCGGCACUGCCGAGUAUGCGAGAGCUGCAAGCCAAAGUAGCUGCAGCAGAGCAGAUACGCGGACAGGAUGCAGCACAGACAAAAUUGGGCGAGCAGCAAGCACCUUUAGCAUCGCCCACAAAUUUGACUGUCAGCAGCGCUGCCUCGCCGAGCGUUUCGCAAUUCGAGCUGGACUGUGAUGUGGACGCGCUUCCUGCCAAGCUGUCUCACUUGCGCGACGCCAUCCAGCUGCAAGCGUUGCGGAAGGAUGUGCUGUGCAAUCUGCAGAUGAUCGGCGAUGGCGAGAGUGGGCCCGUGUUUGCAGCGCACGACGUGGUCAAAAAGCGACGCGUGGCGAUCAAGGUGGUACGAUUUGCGAGCGAUCGGGACGAGGAGCCUUCGGCACGGCUGCUGGGACUUGGCAAAGAGGUAGGCAUAUGGCGACGAUGCCGACAUGUCAAUGUGCUGGAUCUGUACUCGACGGUGCUGACCAACGAAGCGAUCUGGAUGGUGCACGAACUAGCGGAACGUAGCUUGGCCGACGUGAUCGCGUGGAAGGAUGCGGGAGUGGAUCUCAACGAAUCGCGCAUGAGUCGAAUCAUGGGUGAUUUGGUGGAAGCGCUGCAGUUUCUGCACGCCAAGCGCGUCUUGCACCGAGAUGUGCGCUCGGACAAUGUCAUGAUCUCGAGCACGGGUGUGUGCAAGCUGGGCGACUUUACGCAUGCAGGCGAGCUAAGCGCCGGUGUGAGUACGCGUCACUCUGUAGUAGGAACGCCGUACUGGAUGGCACCCGAGGUGAUCAAGGCGCACAAGUACGACAUGCGGUGUGACGUGUGGUCGCUAGGGGUGGUGCUGUGGGAGAUGAUCGAGGGCGAUCCACCCCGAGUCGAGUUUCCACCGUUGCGCGCCAUCACGCUGACUGCAACAUUAGGACUUCCAGCGUUGCGACAUGCAGCGUCGCUCUCGCACGAGCUCAAGUCGUUUUUGCACUGGGCGACCGAGAUGGAUGCGGAAAAGCGACCAAGCGCCGAGAUGCUGGCGAUGAGCGACUUUUUGGCAGACCCCUGCAGCCGUGCCAGCAUGGUUGCUAUGUUGGAAGAGGCGCGAAAUGCCGAAUUCGAAGGGAACCGACACGAGGCGGAACAACAAACCGCGGAAGCCAAGAAGCGACGCGUCGAGCCAAGCGGCGAUGCAGGUCGCAUCAAAGACGCUUUGAGACAUAGGGAGAGUUGGAGCAGCGACACGACGACCAAGGGCUAA